AAUAUGGAUAAUAUUGACGGUGUAAACAACGAUCUUUGGAAUCAGCUUACGAUUGCCCAAUCCUUGGCAAUCUUGGAGGAGUUGAAGGCAGAAUCAAGAUUGGAUUCCCGAGAGAGACUCUAUAAAUGCCUUAUAGAAUGUCUUGGCACCACUAACUCGGUCAGAAAUUUUCUUAUUUGGUUCUUUAAUGGAGUCCUCGCGGAAUACUCUGGAAGCGGCCAAUUACCUCGAACUCUCUCCGCCGUGUGUUUUCAAUGCGGUCAGCCUUACACUACCGGAAAAUGGUGUAAACCAUGCGAAGAUUAUUUAUUCUUCGAGAACUCCGAUUCGUGGACAAGUGGAAGUGAAAAGAUUAACAGCCUAAUUUUGGAUUCACAAAUCAACGCUAGUGACGAACAUGCGUUUCUCCGGUGGAUCCCCUACGAUUGUUUCAUGGAUGUGACAAAAAUAAGUGAAGGUGGAUCAUCAAUUAUCUACACGGCGAAAAUGAACAAGGAUCCGUUGGAUGGAACGUUACAACAAUGGGUGGAGAAUAUGGAAUUUAUGACUAUAUUGGCGUAUUUAAACCGUGAUGAAGAAGAGUUGAGCCAAAAUGAGUGGGACGAAAUUUGGGAGAAGUUUUUUUCAGAGUAUGAAAGUAGGAUCAAUGAGAAUGAGUGUAUGAAGGAAGGAGAAGAGGCGGCAAUGGCGCUUUUUGUUGAAUUGGAAUCCAGGAAUAAGAAAGGAAACGUGGAAAUGGAUCAGGUCUCCGAAGUCGGAACAGACGUGGAAAUGGAUCAGGUCCCCGAAGUUGGAACAGACGUGGAAACGGACCAGGUCUCCGAAGUCGGAACAGACGUGGAAAUGAACCAGAUCUCCAAAGUUGGAACAGACGUAGUCACCGGAACGACAACAGAAAGCUUUCAGCUCGCAUAUAUUCCUCCCCAGACAAUGUAUAAAAAAUUCAAAUCAAAGCUGGUAGUGUUAAAGCGUCUGUCAGAUUCUUCCCAUUUAUCCGAGGAAAUUUUCGAUAGGCUAAAAAUUACCGAAAAUAACAGCAAGAUCAUCCACUGCUACGGCGUCACUCGCGACCCCAAGACAUCGGAAUACAUCCUAGUCUUUGAAUACGCGAACGGAGGCAGUUUGAGGAAGUACCUCGCCCAUAACUUUACUUCAAUCGAUUGGUUACAAAGAAGGAACAUCGUUACAGACAUAAUCUCCGGCUUAGAGUAUAUACAUCAGCAAGGUUUGACGCAUGGUAAUUUUCACACCGGCAACAUCUUGAUUAAUAAGCCAAACAUCAAUGAAUUCCGAGCAAAGAAUAUACACUCGGACAAACUCGAUGUAUGGAUUACAGACAUAGGAAAUUAUUAUCCUACGGAAUAUGACAAUGAAAGUAAUUCGGUUUGUGGAACGAUGGAUGGCGGAAAGACAGUAUACGGAUUGUUACCGUACAUUGCUCCCGAGGUUUUAUGCGGUCAACCACGCACUCAAGCCUCGGAUGUUUACAGCCUGGGCAUAGUAGUGUGGGAGAUUGUCAUCGGCAAAAUUCCCUACGCCGAACAUCCCUAUAAUGAAGAAUUAGCCCGAGAAAUAUGCAAAGGGCUAAGACCCAAGUUGGAAGGAGUCUCGGAUCGAUACACGAAGUUGAUGGAGAGUUGUUGGAACGCUGUACCUAACCAACGACCUAGCGUUGAAGAAAUAUUAAAGACAUUGUCGUUAUGGCGAUGGCCGCGAAACGUCAAUUUUAAUGAAGCAAAGAAUUUGAAUGAUUAUCUAAUGAAGAAAAGAAAUCUUUUAAAUUUCUUUAAUGGCGGAUACCGACAAAUUGGUCAUGAGAAAAACGAAAAUUCAUCUGAUGUCGAGGAGUCUUAUGAAACCGGUGCAGGUGGUUUGAAUGACGCGAGACUUAACAUUCUCAAUGUGUCUGAUAAGAAAUUGUCAUCGAAGUUUUUCUACUUUGAAAGACUACCGAAACCUAGGAAUUAUAGGGAUGAUUAUGAUGUGAAUAUGAAUAAUGGUUGGAACGAUGUUUACGCCAGUGUGUCAACUUACGAGAAAGGAAAGAGUUGCGAGAUAACGACAGCGUUCUCAGUUAAGAACAUUGACAAAGAGAAAGAAUUCGAUGUAGUAUCUCUAGACGGAUCAGUUUCACUAACAAGCGACGACUUUUGCGUAAUUGGCGUGGAUGGAGAAAGUUCAACGGGUGUGGUUUCGUUGAGUGAGAGCGAAUCCGUAGAGUUGGAUAGUUCUGAAUUGUCCAGCGAGGAUGAACAUGAAGAUGAGCAGGAUACGUCGGUUGAAGAUGGGGCGUCGGCUGACGACGAUGAGAGCGAUGAUGUUAUGUUAAUAAGAGAUGAAUGCAAGGCCACACAAUCAUCAAAUAGCACGAAUAACAUGAUACGUGAAGAAGCAGUAGAAAAGGAAUUUCAUAAUGACAAGAACCAAGUUUAUUGGCGCAGUAACAUAAUGAUACAAGGUGCAGCUAAGGCUAAAUCCGGAAAAUCGAAUCCAUUACCCAUGGAAAAUCAAACACCAGACAGUGAAGCCGUGGGUGAGGUUAAAUCAUCAUCGGUUGGAAGUGAUGAUGAUUUUGAUAUUAUUGACAAUUUGGAUGGAUGCUUUAUAACUAGUCUACCGUAUUCUUGUAUAUAA